ACAAUGUAUUUUGAAGGCGCUGUUUGAAUCGCACGGAAAAUCCGAGGUUGAUUGACACACAGAAAUCUGAUCCUGUAAAAGAGACAGACAACCAAUGGGAGGGAGCGAUCCAUCAGUUUGGAGGCCCCUGGAGGAGAAGCAAAGGAAAAAAAAAACAACAACAUUGAACUGAGCUCAAUGACUGAGCUUUGAGCUCUGAGGUGAGCUACUGCAACUAAUUCACAUUUUUAAUCAAAUCCAUAAGGAAUCAUAUGGGAGAUUGCUGUGCAUAUUACUUAGUUUUAGGUUGAUCCAAAUCCACAUCCAGAGGAAAGCUUCAUCUAAAUGCCCACAAAAUAAUUAAAUAAACGGAGACUGGAUAUGGACUGUAGAAUGGAUGGAUUUUACGACCAACAAGUGCCUUACAUGGUUACAAAUAAUCCACAAGGGAGGAAAUGUAAUGAGAGAGCAGUAAAUGAGAGGAAAAGAAAAUUCUUGAACACAGACCUUGCUCAUGAUACAGAAGAACUUUUUCAGGAUCUAAGCCAAUUGCAAGAAACCUGGCUUGCAGAAGCUCAAGUUCCUGACAAUGAUGAGCAGUUUGUGCCAGACUUCCAAGCUGAAAACCUGGCUUUCCACAGUCUCCCGCUGAAAAUCAAAAAGGAACCCCAGAGUCCUUGCUCGGAGUUAAGCUCCACUUGCAGUCAAGAACAGCCUUUCCAGUUCAGUUAUGGGGAGAAGUGCCUGUGUAAUGUCAGUGCCUAUGCUCAGAAGCCACAAAUGGGAAUGAAGCCUUCCUGUUCACCAACACCAUCCUGCAGCACGCCAGUGUCCCCUCUGCACCAUGCUUCACCUAAUCCAGCACCAACUCCCAAACCAGACAGGACCUAUCCUCACCUUCCACCGCCCCAGCAAAUACCUGACAACUCUUUCUCAAUGGACCACAGAUUUCGACGACAGUUGUCAGAGCCAUGCCAUUCAUUUCCCACUCCCUCUGCAAUGUCCAGAGAUGGUCGGCCAAUGUACCACAGGCAAAUGUCAGAGCCUAACAUCCCAUACCCACCACAGGCCUUCAAACAGGAGUACCCUGAUCCCGUAUAUGAGCAUGCUGCCAUGGUUGGGGGUCCAGCCAGUCAAAAUUACCCUCCAUCAAUGAUUAUCAAACAGGAGCCGAGGGAUUUCAUGUAUGACUCAGAAGUGCCUAGCUGUCAUUCCAUCUACAUGAGGCAAGAAUGUUUCCUGCCUCAUUCCAACAGAACUGAAGGUUGUAUGUAUGAUAAAGUACCAAGGCACUUCUAUGACGAUACAUGUGUGGUUCCUGAGAAGUUUGAAGGUGAUAUUAAACAGGAACCUGGCAUAUACCGUGAAGGACCCACGUACCAACGGCGAGGUUCCCUUCAGCUUUGGCAGUUUCUGGUAGCCCUCUUGGACGACCCUUCCAACUCCCACUUUAUAGCCUGGACAGGUCGAGGCAUGGAGUUCAAACUCAUAGAGCCAGAAGAGGUGGCCCGUCGUUGGGGCCUUCAAAAAAACCGUCCAGCCAUGAACUAUGAUAAAUUGAGUCGCUCCCUUCGCUAUUACUAUGAAAAGGGAAUCAUGCAAAAGGUAGCUGGGGAGAGAUAUGUAUACAAGUUUGUUUGUGACCCAGAAGCGCUUUUCUCCAUGGCAUUUCCAGACAAUCAGCGGCCAGUGCUGAAGACAGAUCUGGAGCGCCACAUCAAUGAAGAAGACACAGUCCCACUGUCCCACUUCGAUGAGAACAUGACCUACAUGCAAGAAGGAGCCUAUUGUAAUGCCCACCCCUAUAAUGAAGGAUAUGUGUAUUAAUAACUGAUGUGGCAAAUUAGCCCUCAAAUGCUUUCAUAUAUAUAUAUA